AUGACAUCCGGCCGCAGGCACCUGGGGAAGACCGUGGGGCCGGAAGCCAUUGUUACCCCCCCGGAGGGCGGGCUAAGCAGCGGAAGUGACGACACCAGUGCGCCCUUAAAUAGCGGUAGGCGGGCGCGCAGCGCUCUCUCGGCCUUAGCGCCAUCUUCCCAGAAGCCUCUGCGCCAUGAGAGCCAAGUGGAGGAAGAAGCGAAUGCGCAGGCUGAAGCGCAAAAGAAGGAAGAUGAGGCAGAGGUCCAAGUAAGCCGCAGCUGUGCACCCGUGAGAGCCACAGGAGCAGGAAUGAGGGAGCCAGAGGCCGGGCGAGCCGGCGGACUGCGUGCCUGCUGUCUGGCGCGUCUCCGCGGGAGCUGGAACAUACGUGCGCGUCACCUGAGCGCCGAGCCCUUUUGAGAGGCCCACCCUGCUCUUACAAAAACUGUCUCUUUUGGAUCUUUGCCCUGGACCCGUGACAUUCUGGACUGGUUCUGUUCUCUGUGGCUGAAUGUAACGUGUACAAUAAAUCACCUCUUCUGUCUUAGCUGAAGAAAAAGA